AUAUAUCGCAAGAACUAUCGAUAAAUAGCUAUAAUAUCAACAUCUCUAAAUUGUCUCACUCCUUUUCACUUUAGCGAGGCAAAAUUUGUCACAUUUCUUUGGCAAAAUUUGCAGUUUGUGAUAAAUCAAUUAAAUAUCAUCAAGCACGUCGAGAGCGUAGCGCAACACCCCAGACAAGAGACACUAGUUAAACCAGCAACGCUGCAAAAUGCCCAAGAAUAAAGGAAAAGGUGGCAAAAAUCGUCGUCGUGGAAAGAACGAAAACGAGUUCGAAAAACGUGAGUUGAUCUUUAAAGAGGAUCAACAGGAAUACGCACAGGUGACCAAAAUGCUGGGCAAUGGUCGCYUGGAGGCAAUGUGCUUUGAUGGCGUCAAACGUCUGUGUCAUAUUCGGGGGAAACUUCGUAAGAAGGUUUGGAUCAAUCAGGGCGAUAUAAUAUUGGUCGGCUUGCGUGACUAUCAGGACUCAAAGGCUGAUGUCAUUUUGAAGUACACACCAGAUGAAGCUCGAAAUCUGAAGACUUACGGSGAGUUUCCGGAAUCGGUCCGCAUCAAUGAGACAGUCACAUUCGUCGAGGAUGGCUUCGAUGAGGAUAUUGAGUUCGGUGAUGAGAUUAGUUCGGAGGACGAUGCUGAUUCCGUAGACAACAUCUGAUCCAAAAAGAAUCAAGCAGCAGCAGCUGAAGACGAAGCUGUAGAGUCUGUUCAAGAAUAGGGAAAAUAAACAAAUUUGUAAAAAGCCGAAAGUCUCCCCUGACACCAGCGUCCA